GUGUGCUGUAUGAUGUUGACAGUAGUUAUAAAUGACUUUUGCUAAUCUAGUCAGAGGAUGUUUUUCAAAUUUAAAUUUUGUCUUGCACUGUAAAUCACUUGCCCUGUGAAAAAUGUCUGAGAUGUAGCAAAAUCUUAGGACGUUGAUGGUCAGUUAUUGAUGAUUGUGGAUCUUUGCCUUUUGAUUCUUUUGAGCUUUUAGGUAUUUUAUGGAAUGCAAGGGACAUUUGAAUGAAUCAAUUGCAUAGGCUCUUAAUUAGUCAGUGGUGGUAUUUUAUAAAGUGAUGGAAUGGAUUCUGCAUCCCUAAAAUGAAAUGGGAACUUAUCAUGAUUUGAGACUGCUCAGGUAAAUAAGAGGAGGAACUUGGUUUUAUGUGGAAAUGUUAAUUUGGUGGUGUUUAACUGAAGCUGUAUAAUCCUGUUGGCAGGAGAGAGGAGUACCCAGUUUCCAUUUGAUUCCUUGGAAAUCUAAUGUUAAUAGCUUACUCAAAGCAGGAAAUGCAUGAGCUGCAUGUAGAAAACUUAGUCUAGUGUGUGAAACUAGACAACUUGAAUUUAGUUCAGAUGGAUCACUCAUUAAGAAAAUAAACGAAACUCCUUUCUGGCCUUGCUGGUUUAUAAUGCUGUAUGACCUUCAGGACCUCAAAAUGUUUACCAUUUUCUCCCCUUUUUCAACAGGCACUACUUCGCUCUGCCCACUAAUCCUGGUGAGCAGUUCUUUAUGUUUUGCACGCUUGCUGCUUGGCUGAUCACUAAAGCGGGACAUCCCUUUGAGCAGCCACAGGAAUACGAUGACCCCAAUGCAAUAAUAUCAAAUGUGCUCUCAGAAUUGCGAUCGUUUGGAAGGCCUGUGGAUUUUCCUCCCUCAAAAUUAAAGGCAGGUUAUGGAGAGCAAGUGUGCUAUGUUCUUGAUUGUUUAGCGGAAGAAGCCUUGAAAUACACUGACUUUAGGUGGAAAAGGCCAGCAUAUCCAACAGAAGAGCUAGAAGAAGAAGAAAUAACAGAAGAUGAUGCAGAAUUAACACUUAAUAAACUGGAAGAGGAUGUUGUGGAAGAAGAGUCAGACAAUGAAGAAAAUUUUAUUGACCUGAAUGUUCUGAAGGCACAAAUGUACAGAUCAGACAUGAAUGACACUGCAAAGCAAGAAGAGAUUUUACAGUCCACAACAGAUGCAGCAGAGUGGAAUCUUGAAGUGGAACGUGUGCUUCCACAGCUGAAAGUUACGGUCAGGACUGACAAUAAGGAUUGGAGGAUUCAUGUAGAUCAAAUGCAUCAGCAUAAGGAUGGAAUUGAAUCUUCUUUGAAAGAAACUCGGGGUUACCUUGACAAACUCCAUAAUGAAAUCAGCAGAACACUGGAAAAGAUCAAUAGCAGGGAAAAGUACAUCAACAAUCAGUUGGAGCACUUGGUUCAAGAGUACCGUUCAGCACAAGCCUUGCUGAGUGAGGCUAAAGAGAAGUACCAGGAGGGAAGUGGAGGAGUAACUGAAAGGACUAGAAUGCUUUCUGAGAUUACAGAAGCAUUAGAAAGAGUAAAGCAGGAAACGGAAGAGAGAGGAAGCAGUAUGACUGACGGUGCUCCUCUAGUGAAGAUUAAACAGGCCUUAACAAAACUAAAGCAAGAAACCGUUCAGAUGGACAUACAGAUUGGUGUAAUGGAACACACGUUACUCCAGUCGGAGCUGAAAGAGAAAUCCAAUAUGACUAGAGAUAUGCAUGCAACAGUCAUUCCAGAAGCCGCAGUAGAUGCCUAUUAAAACUUUUCGGAGCUGACUUGGUUUGCCCAAAAUAGUUUUCUACCGCUUGCUUUUUUGUUAGUUUAGAGGUUUCCUUUUUGUUGGAGGAGGCGGACAUUCUUUUUUCUUGUUUCCUUUAUAACAAGAUGCUUGUCAUGCACUUUUAAGAGGUAACACGCACACUUUGGACUGAACAUGGAGCCACAUUUAGUUUUGUGCUGUAAAGAUUUACUGCAGAUGCCUUCAAAAUAUACUAAUAAAUUCUUAUUAAUGAA